UUCAUCAAUAUGUGGAUUCCAUGACAGUUUUUCAUUUAAGGCUAUGACGAUAUCCACACACACGCUUUGAUUGGAUUGGAUGGUUAUCUUUAUACAGUGAGUUUCACGGUCGACAGAUUAAUCAUGACAGACGAUGCUUCGGAAGAAUGGGAGAACGUGGGCACACAUAAUACAAUGGCUAUAUCUGACAGUCUAGCUAAAUCCAUUGUUCAAAACCUAAAAGAAGAAUUCGGAUCCAGUGCAUUCCAUGACGUCAUAAUUAGUGUCAACAACUCAGAAUUCAAAGGCCACAAGUUCAUUUUAAGUGCCAACUCGAAAUAUUUUAAAAACAUCUUCACCUCGGAACGUGAUCGAACUUCAAGUGCACCAAUUUUUUUUAAAAAUAUCACCCCUGAAACAUUUAGACUCGUUCUGGAUUGUAUCUAUGGAGGUAAAGAUGUUCUGACUGCUGCCAACUUAGCUGAAAUCUGGCAUGCAGCUGUUUAUUUAGAGAUCGACUUUUUAUACCAGGCCUGUGAACUUUACCAGACAUCUCGACUGACGAAAGAGAAUUGUGUCGAAAUGACCAAUCAAGCUACAACUUUUAAGUCCAAGAAGUUAAAGGAAGCUGCCUGGAAUAUGAUUGUAAAAGAAUUUAAAGAUAUCUCUAGGAGAGAGGAUUUCGUUUUGCUGGAGUCAGAGGACCUGCUUCAGAUCAUUAACAGCGAAGACCUAGCCACAGACUCUGAAGAUUAUGUGGUUAACGCAAUAUUAAAAUGGGUACAGCACUCUCCUGAGACCAGUGAUCGGAAAAUAUAUGAUGACAGUGAAUUGGAUUACAAAAUUCGUGAAAAAGAAUGGCAAAAAGAGAAUUGUAACAGUUCCCUCAAGAAAAGAAAGAAUGAUUUAGUUGAUAUGCUCAAGGCGAGCAGACUUUGUCUGGCAAGUGGAAGAUGUCUUAAGAGUUUACUGGACAUCAAGGUCGUUGCCGAGAACAAAAAGUGCUUAUCAGUCAUGCGUGAAGCAUUACAGUACCACCUGCAACCAUAUAAGUGUGGCUAUCAUUGUCCACCACAAGCCAUUCACAGGGCAAGUAGUAAAUUGCAAAAUGUUUUUAUAGCCUUUAAUCCAGGAUUUUACUUGUCCUGUAGAACCUUAGACGGAGCGUGGUAUCAGCUCGGUGUCCCAACACACGCUCCAGCUUCGGCUACUUCGUACAGACAAAACAUAUACUCCGUUGGGUAUCAAAAUCAGCAACGCAAUAUGUACGAUAACAGUUGCACAACGACCCUGUACAAAUAUUGCACUGCCAAAGGACAGUGGAAAUCUCUUCCUGGCUUUGCCAACAUCUACACGUACGCUAUAAUUACACUGGACUGUUAUCUCUAUGCGGUAAGCAAUACAGUCUACAGAUUAAACUUGGAGAACUCUGAAGACUGGGAGACUGUGGGUAAUCUUCUUAUUUCUGUUAAUCAAGUUACGCUAACAACUUGCGGGAGUUGCAUUGUAAUUUUUGGAUUUGACGUCAAUAAUAGCCAGAACAAGGUUCAGAUUUUCGAUACACUGACCUUGACCUUCGCUGUUUACACAGAGCAACUGCCUGACCAAAUGAGGACUUCAAUUCCUAAGCCUUUUCAUACUUGUAACGGCUCCUACAUUUUGCUUCCAAGCGGCGAAGUCUUGGAGUUGACAACUAGUGAGAAGAAUAAAGUUCACUUUGAGAACAAAGGGAAGCUUAUUGAUAGGCAUUUGAACAUCUGUGCAGCAGUUACAGUCAAAGACCAUCUCCUCAUCGCAGCCACUAACAUCGAUCCUCAGAUGACCAGGAAAUGGAAGACGCAGUUGCUCGAUAGCGUGAAAACUGUAGAGAUUGUAGAACGUCAAUGUACAUUCCUACUCAACGCUGCCGUUCCAAAAAGCUUAUUGCUUACAAAGGAGACAUAAGUGUAAAAAGACAUAUCAAGUGUUAUAUUUUAUCAACGACGAUAACAAUCGCAUGAAUUAAAAUGUAUUCAUCCAAGAAGUGGGCAAAUAAUUGUAUAAACGAAAAGAGCUUGCAAAAUAUUGGACAAAUGUGACUAUGCGUUUUGAAUAGCUGUUGGAAUGAAUAAGAUAGAACAUCGCAUAAUUUGUAUUGUUUUUGACUCUAACUAAAUGCCAGGAAUGUCCAAGCAAUUAUUUACGAUCGCUGCUUUGAACAUUUUGUUUGAGAAUCAUUGUAUAACUCUAACCCCAUUGAAAUACUAUAUAAUUAAGAAAUAUUCUUAUUUUAUUUUUUAGAUUAAAUACUUUUCUUUUAAUCCUAUGUUUUAAAUCGCUAAUAUUAGAAAAAAAAAACUUCAAUUGUUAUUUCUUGCUGUCUUUGUAGUAUAAGAGAAAGUGUUUUUUUUUUUUCAAAAUUUGCUGUAAACUUGAAGUAACUUUUACAAAACAUUUUUGACCAUUAGUGGAGAGUAGGUGUCCUCCAGAGUAUAUGUAAUGGGUUGCUAUAUAUUACGAAACAUCCUUAUUCUUAUUCUCAAGAAGAAUAUAUCCCAUUGCUGAGUAUUUAAUAUAAUUUUACUAUCACUUCUUGAGUUUAUGUUUGUAUUUUUAUGCUUUUAAAAAUUGAUUGAACAAAGUACUGGUUUAUUCCGUUGUAGUGACUCACUCGUCAAAACCCUUUUCGAUCGAAAAGUCGUGUGAAACUAUUUGAAACUGCAUCAAGCUCUUUGUUCAGUCUAAUAGCAUCACAUACAGCCUGCUGUCAACCCCUUAUGUCCUACAGUAGGUCUGAGCUAGGAUGUAAUCAGUAUCACUUCUGAAGGGACAUCCAAAAACAUAGACAUGAAAAUGAAAGGGAAUUUAAGCUUAGCAUUAUGAAGAUUUUUUUGGUCAUACAAAAUUAUGGACACGGCUUGUAAGUGUAACCAAAAAAAAAAAAAAAAAAACCACAAUAUACAAAAAAUUAUUUAAAAAUUCAACCACAUCAGGUGGUGGGAUAAUAUAGAGAUAAGUAACUAUCAAAAUAAUUAAGGCUUGGAUACAAUGCCUCUAGAAAUAUAUACCUGUGGAGCUUGUCUAUAAUGAACAAUGAACCAAUUAAAAAGUGUGGGACAUAUAUCGAAACAAACAUGCAUGUUGUGGAACAGAUCAACUUUACUGGCCUAAACGAAAAAAAAAAAAAAGUCUAAACAUUAUAUAGUACAGGAAAGACUUUUUCUUAUACUUUGCAAAUUCAGACAGAUUUCCAGGAGCUGGUACAUCAGGAGCCCGUGGAAAAUCUGUUAUAAGUUAUAAAAUGGUUUAAUUUAAUGAUUUACUCAUAGAAUUAGCUUGAGGCCUAUGGAAGUGCAGGCCCUACUGCGGUGGCAUAGAUUGCAGUGCCCUAAGGCUGGCCCUGCAAAAGAGCGGCGUAUGCUACGCCGUUGGUUGACUAGUCUUAUAUAAUACAGACGUUACUUCAAAAGAGAAGAUAAUUACGUCCUACGCUUCAUGCAUCUAAUCUUUAUUAUUAUAGAACUAUAGUUGGAAGUGCGGAUUUCUUUCCCUUAAACAAGGUAUAUACAGUUGUUUGUAUUUUUUAUUUUAUUUUGUUGUUAUUUUUUAAAGGAUUUUUUAAAUGUUUUUCUUGUUUUCCCAUUAAAUAAUAUUCUUUCUACUCUAUUAAUUAAAUAAUUAAUAUUUUAAAAAUAAAUAUGUGAUAACUGGA